CCCGCCGGGCCCGCCCCUCGCCGGGGCAGCAGCAAGCAGUCGCCAGCUCAGCCGCUCGGGCUCUCGGACGCCGCUCAUUAGCAGCUCGCUGCUCGAAAGCUGCUGCCGGGCGCCGCAGCCCUCACGUCUGCUGCCCACCGCCCGGUUCAUCCAUGAGCUCAGAUUUCCCACAUUACAACUUCAGGAUGCCUAAUAUUGGAUUCCAGAAUCUGCCUCUCAACAUAUAUAUUGUGGUCUUUGGCACUGCUGUAUUUGUCUUCAUCCUUAGUUUACUCUUCUGUUGCUACUUGAUUAGGCUAAGACAUCAAGCACACAAAGAAUUUUAUGCCUACAAGCAGGUUAUAUUAAAAGAAAAAGUUAAAGAACUGAAUUUACAUGAGCUCUGUGCUGUGUGUUUAGAAGACUUUAAGCCUCGAGAUGAACUGGGGAUUUGCCCGUGUAAGCAUGCCUUCCACAGAAAGUGCCUUGUUAAGUGGCUGGAAGUCCGAAAAGUGUGUCCCCUGUGCAACAUGCCGGUGCUGCAGCUGGCCCAGUUGCACAGUAAACAGGACCGUGGUCCCCCUCAAGAGCCCCUCCCUGGGGCAGAGAACAUUGUAUAGCUCACUGAAAGGAUCAGACUUGCUGGAUACAUCAGUGUGGAGCCAGGAGGAAUACAGCAGACUUUGUUUGGGCUGUUCGCUGCCUGGGGCACCCACUGUCACUUCCUUUGCCUCAUGAAGAACUCUUGAGCCAGGCAAGCUGAGACCCUAGGCAUCUGGAUCUUGUGACAACCAAAGCACUCUGAUAUCACCCUAGGCCAAGAGGAGUAGAUGAGCCUGCAGGUUUGGUUUCAUAAAUUUCCUGAGCAUCUCUUGCUGUCUCCCAGGCACCUCCACAUCAACCAGAAGGGAAGAUAACACAGGUGUUAGAAACAGAACUGAGAAUGGGACUUUAAUGCCACACCCACCUGUGGACCUGUAAGCAGCUAUGCAGACCUCACCUGUCUCUGCCCUCUUGGCAUCCUGAGUCGUGAAACCAGCUGUUCCAUCAGCUGAAGCACAACUGACUACAGUGUGUGGUGAGGCAGCCCCUGCAAGUCUCUUCAGGUUCUAUCCCUUUAAUAAGGCCUCUGGGAACCUGAAGACUAUGGAACAGCAUCAGCAGAACUCCUCGCCACACACACCAGUUCACACUUGCUGUCAGAUCUUCCAAGUUGAAGCCAUUAGACACACUUGGAAAGGCCUGGUCAGGAGCCAUUCUUCUGUUUUCUCUCCUAGUCAGUCAUCAGUAAGAAGCAGCAGGAGCUUGACCCUGAACCUCAACUGUCUUAUAUAACCCAGGAGCCAGGGUACUACUGCUUAAGCACCCCACAAAUGCAGUACGAUUCCAUUAUAGCUGCUGGCCUCAGCUCACUGGCUAAGGAGUCUCUCUCGGCCCCUCAGAUGGCUCCAAAGAGGAGCUGAGCUCCUUCCGCACCACGGCCAGUCCUCACCCACCUGGAUGACCAGGAUGCUGACACUUUGCUUCUCUUAUCCUUUCACUCCCCUCCUCUCUUCUGCUUCUUUUCUAUGUAAGAAAAAUGUUACUGCAUUUUUAAAUGUUUAUCCCAAAUAAGCUCCCUGUAAUUCUAAAGCCAGUGAGCCACCUGGAGUUGUAAAUAGUUUGAGGAAGCUCCUGCAUGGCUGACCUUCUGUUGGUGUGUACCUCAGUUACUUGGACUUGAGAUCGCUAACUGAAGGUGUUUUUAUAGGAGAAAUGCAUGCUGCUCUUUGGCUUUUCCUGUCCAACUUUUCUAGAGGUAACUGCCUCCAAUAGGCUUUGUGGACACUGUAAAUUAGCCAUGUAAAGCACAGGACAUUCUUUUACAGCUUGCUCUCCCCUCCCUCGUCACAAGAGUGCCACUGUAAUGCCUCAACUGCUCUGCCCUGCUGUCCCACAGUUAUGGAGGAAGUUUUUGUAGGAAGUACAGCCUGGUAUGAAGAGGAAUGGGGGAGGGGAGCUUGCUACUAUGUUCUUGCCAUCUACCCAAUCUUUGAAUGAGAGGGAACCUGCCUUUGCCUCCAGUAGCUGAGGUCAGAUGGGGAAGAAAAUUCCUGUCUAACAACUGCUAAGGAAGCCAAAUGUGGUACACACACCUGUAUAGUCCCAGCUGAAGCAGGCAGGGUCACAAAUUUGAGACCAGCCCUGGCUUCAUAGUGAGGGUUUUUCUCUUGUAAAAGGGGGUUAGGGGUGGUUCUUGACAGAGUCCAUUUGGAAAAUUACAAAUCUGGUUGGUAAGGAUUGGCUGUCCCCAGUGUGUGCUCUAUUUAUGGCAGGCCAGCUGGAUUCCUAUACAGAGCAAAAGGUAUGAACCAUUUUCUGAGAGUCUUAGCCUGACUAGCCCCUAGAAUUCAUGCCUAUGUUCCUCUUGCUCCUCUGUUAUGUUUGAAGCACCAGUCAAAUGCCCAGAUACUCGUUUACAGUGAAAUGUUUUCAGUGACCAAUGCCAGAAGUGGGCUUCUUCUGGCCUAGUUUUGUUAUAGGUUAGCAUUCACCAUUUAAUAUUGCAUAACUGGACACAGUAAGGAAAUGUCCCCUUAAAGAUCACCAAAUGGUCAGUACUGCAAAUUAUUAUCAUUCACAGCUUUUGUAGAACCUUCAACUGGAACCUUUUCUAUUCCUGUCCUUACUAGUAAAAAGCCAGCCUCACCAAAGCUCUGUAUUUGUAAAGGCAGAAUUCCUCAUCAGACCUCCAGACAGGUUGAGUAGAUGACAUGCAGUAGAUAGUCAGGCUUUGGCAGAGUACUGGGGUGCUCUGUUCUGUAUCAGGACACCUAUUCUGCUGGGCCUGAAUGAGGUCCCCUAAACGUUUCUGUUAAUGUGACUGCUUCCUAAGAGACAUUCCUUGGGCUGGAAGCUGCAACUGUGCAAAGUAUGCUUCUCAUCUCCCCUUGGCUUGGUGGGUGAUCACCUCCUGCUGCAGCAGCCCCCGCCCCACACCUCCCUGUCAUUCUGGCCCCUGUUGUCACAGCAACUCAACAUUUACACUGAUGUCUGGGUCCCCACCAGUGUUCCCUGUACAUCUGCAUUUGGCUGAGCCAUACUCUGCUCAGGCCCAAACCUGCAGUGAGGUAAUUUCCUAAGUUUCUGGUAAUAUUUAUCUAGGGAUGAAGAUUUUGGUCUACUCUCAGACUAUUUGAAAUCUUGUCAGGUGUCUUAAAUAGCUAGAGGAUUAGGUGCUACUUGUGGGCUGUGGGUUAGUGGAACAAAAAUCAGCCUAGCUGGACUUCAUGCCAUGAUCAUUGUUGCCUGGGAGCCGACUGAAUUCAGCUGGCAUAGAAAUGAACAAACCUGCCCUGAUCAGACUUCUGCUUGCGUCACUCUAACAUGUAAGCUGACAUCUGUGUUUCUCUGCCAGGUGUAAUUUAGUUUGGUCUAUCCCUGACCAUUAAGGUUCUUGUAGCAUGUACUUACCUAACCAGGAAGCGGGACAGAGGAGCCAGGUAGAGACAGGUGGCCUCUGGGUGAGGUCUAUACUGAGGAAUACAGGGGACCUCCCACCAUUGCCAAAUACUGUUCUCGACAAGACUUGACAAAAGAUCUUUUCCUUGGCUCUGUUCCAAAGCAUGCUAUCUCUGGUUUCUAACAGCCACUCUAAGCUGUGCUGAACACCUACAGCACGUAUUUUCUGGGAAUUGGAGAUCUCUGCAGACGUGCUUACGCUAGUUUGAAUUGUCUACUCACUGCUAAUUUGCUUUGUGCUUUUCUUCAGGUCAGCCUCUCAGAGCAUCCUUUCCUUAGCCACCACCCAGGAAUUGUAGCAAGGUUCCUAGAAGACAUAUCUGUCAAGUUGGUGGGCACAGGCAUGGGGGACAGGAGCUGCUGAUGGCACAUACCUUCCUAGUGAUAAACUCAAGAACUUCCUGGACUGUGUGUCUUCCCCUGGCUCUGCUACAGUCAAUAUUUGAGACAGGUUCUAUGUUCUCCCAGUUGUCAUCAAACUGUAGCCUCAAAGAUCAGCUUCCUCUGCACCUGCUGCAAUUAAAGGCGGGGCACCAUGCCUGAGCUCCGCAUGGAAUCUUGA